AUGAUCGAGAGAUUCGUCCUGCUCGGCAUCGGGCUGACGCUGAUCGGGCUCCGGCUCUACGUCCGGGCCCGGGUGGUCGGGUGGCGGGGGCUCUGGGUCGACGACUACAUGAUGAUAGUCGUGGCGAUGGUGUACGCCGCGCUCACCGCCGGCUGCUACUUCCUGCUCGUGGUCUACCGCGGCCUCGCCAACAACGGCCUGACGCCCGAGCAGCGCGCCGCGCUCGAGCCCGGCGGGCUCGAGUACGCGCAGCGGAUCGGGGGCUCCAAGGCUACGAUAUACUGCCGCAUCUUGUACACGGUCGUCUGCUGGAUGACGAAGGGCGCCAUGCUGGCGUUCUGUCUCCGGCUCACGGAACGAUUCGGAAAGUACGAAAAGCGCAUCCGCGCCGGCUUCGUGAUCCUGGUCGUGUCGUGGGUCGCCGACUUCCUCAUCACCAUGCUCAGCUGCCGGCCGUUCCACGACUACUGGCAGAUCUGGCCGGACCCGGGAGAGAUGUGCCAGCCGGCGCUGUCGCCGUACAGCGUGUACGGGACGAUGGGGCUGAACGUGGCGACGAGCGCGUACGUGUUCUGGGUGCCGCUGCCGGUACUGUGGAUGGCGGGGCUGCAGCUGUGGAAGAAGCUGGGGCUGGUGGUGCUGGUGCUGGGCAACGCGUUCGUGAUGGCGAUCGCGAUCCUGUGCGGCGCGCGCGUCGCCUCCCGCGCCGGCCCGGACGCCUUCGAGGCCGGCGCCUGGGCCCAGCGCGUCGCCUUCGCCGCCGUCCUCACCAGCAACCUGCCCCUGCUCUUCCCCCUCGUCAGCCGCCGCCUCGAGCGCCUCCAGCGCGCCCGCGCCGACGCCGCCCGACGCGCCCACGAUCCCCGCCCGAGCCCCGCCAAGCGCCCCCGGCGCGCCUCCUGCGCCGCCGCCGCCGCUGCCGCCCCCAAGAUCGACUACGAGAGCAUCGGCGAGUCCGCCGCCCGCGGCCGCGGCGCCGCCGACCGCUGCCCGCUGGACGCCGACGACGCCGACGGCAUCGCCAUGCUGCUCUCCCCCCCGCCCCGGGCGCACGCGCGGGGCCCGCGCAGCAUCGAGUGGAUGGUCUAA